AUGUCUGCUGAUACGUCUGGUUCUUCAUUACCGUCCCGGAUAGCAUCACUGGUUCAUGCACAUUUCGAUGCUCUGCCAACGCGCAGUAAACCAACCAUAUUUCCGGAUGGAUCGAGGGAAUGGAUUCCAAUGACUGGUAUUGUGGUUGUCAAAGGAGAAAAUACACCUUCAGAAGUUUUGACCUGCAUAUCUGUCACGACUGGCGCAAAAUGCUUGUCGGCAUCUCAUAUCCCACGCUGCAGGGGUCUUGUCCUACAUGACUGUCAUGCCGAAAUAUUGGCCAUCCGAGCAUUCAAUUAUUGGCUUUUGACCGAAUGUAACAGUGUCCUGUCCCAGGAAAAGCAAUUACCGAAUGGCCGUGAUACUUCUACUAAAGUCUCGGUUUCUCCAUUCAUACAACGGAGAAGAAUGGAAGAUGACGCAGAUAGUAUUUGCAAAUCACCCACAGAAUGGCCACCUUUUGAGCUUCAGCCUGAUAUCAAUAUUUACAUGUAUUGCACAUGUGCUCCUUGCGGCGAUGCAAGCAUGGAGCUCUGCAUGGCAGCCCAAGAAGAUGCGACACCGUGGGAAGUAUUACAGCAAGAAGGUCCUUUAUCAAAAUCUCAAGAUGCAGAGGUCCCAGGUACAGAGACCCUUCUAGAUGGCCGGGCCCACUUCUCUCUUCUCGGAGUCGUGCGUCGAAAGCCAGCUCGCAUGGACGCCGAGUCCACGCGUAGCAAGUCCUGCUCAGACAAGCUUGCAUUGCGGCAAGUCUCCUCCUUGCUGUCCUGUGAGACCAGUCGCCUCGUUACUCCCACCAAAAACGCCUAUCUGGCAGGUCUGAUUCUUCCUGAGGACGAAAUCAGCCAAGUUGGCUGUGACCGCUCCUUUGGUAAGAAUGGCCGGAUGCAGGCUUUGGAUGGUCGAUGUUGGCCAAGGGAGACAAAGUUUAAAGAAACCGCACCAGGAUAUCGAUUCAGGCCAUUCCAGGUUCUUUCGGUGCCAAGCGACGAGGUGGCGGCGCUUUGGCCGUUUGCGAAGCCGAAAUCUGUGCCUUGUCCUGCAAUUUCUUUGGAGCAGGAAGGAGACCCUUCAACGUCUGGUGCAAAAUCUAAAAAGUCCAGGCCAGGGAAUGUGAGCGCCGUUUGGAUAUUGGCUCCCUCAUAUCACCACACGUCGGCAAUGACCAUGGAUACCAGCAGCAAGUCAGUACCAACUCUUUGCCGUUCCAAAACCGGUUUGUAUGAGACUAUCAUCAACGGAGUGAAGCAAGGAAACCGGGUAUCCUCUCCCGGUGCCCGUGGGGCUUCGUCUCUAUCCCGAGCUAAGCUUUGGGCUCUUUUUCGCGAAAUUGCGCCUGCCUCGGUUCCACGUAUCUAUCAAACCGGUGUCUCCCCAGCCGAAUUGCCGGCGGAUGCGCCAGAGAUUAAAGAUCCGCACAUCAAUACAGUCCAACCCCAUAUGUCAGAUAUAACCACCUACCAGGAUUUCAAAAAUCCUAGCAGCUUGGAAGACCCAUUGCAAAUCCGUAUGCAGGCCAUCGGGGAUGCGAAACUGGUUCUCAAGGGAUGGAUGCCUAAUUCAGGAGACGAAUCUUGGGGCCUGGAUGUUUUAGUUGACCCCAAAAAGCGAAAGCGUUGA